AUGGAAAUCGCCAUCACUCACUACGAGGCCUUCAAAAAAUUUCUUGCAUCACAUCUUGCCAAGGAACAAGCCAAUGAUUCAAGAACAAAUGCGCGGAACAAAUUAACUAAACUCACAAAAGUGCAGUUUCAAGAACUUUCUACUGAUGUGUAUGACGAGUUAUCCCGGCGGUUAUUGGGUUCAAAUGCGGCACGACAGAAGUUAGCCACAUUACCCAAAAAUCGAUUUAAAGAUCUGGCGAGUGAUGUUUAUUAUGAAUUAGAGAGGCGUUAUCCUGAACUAAAAGAUAUGGAUUUCUCAAACCCGCCAUAUGGCACUCCUCCUCCAUAUAACCCCUCAUUACGCAACAAUAAUCCUUCCCAACAACCAUCAAUAGAUGGUACCGCGUCCGGUCAAGCUACAGAAUCGAAUACUAUCGUUCCAGAAACAAGUACCUUAAGACAAGAGGUAAUCUCCGUUGACUUUCGCAUUCAGAAACCAAAUAUCCGACCAGAUACUUCAAACGUUACCACCAAUGCAGAAAGUAGCCCAAAGCCUUAUUCCUCCAACAAUAAUAGUAAUAAUAGUUUUGGCAAUAAUUUCCCACCAGUACCAGAUGGUAUGCCUCCAGAGUACGGAUCACCGAAGAGUCGCACUCAAUCAUCUACGUCCUCUGCAUCUGAUAUUGGACAUCGUCGAAACAGAGACACAGUUAAUAGUCAAAAAAGUAAUAAACCCGAUCCUGUUAAUUUUGCCUCUCUUGAUAGUUUGAUGGCUGACUUGGGAGAUAUGAUUGAUCCUAAAAAAUCAAAUGGUUUAACUACACAAACUGGAGAAAGAAAUGAUGGUGGUUCAGAUGGUGAUAGUGCACGAGUACGUAAUCUCGAAAACCAACUGGAAGAAAAAGAAAAGAUAAACAAACAACAAGCAUUAAAAAUAGAAAAAUUGGAACGAGAUUUUGAAAAAUUAAAUGAAGAUUACCGACAGCAACAAGAGGUUUCUAAUGAGGUGCAAAAGGAAGCUUCCAAAUUACUAGAAGAAAUAAAAUCACUUUCAAUAAAGAAUGAUGAUUUAUACUCAGAAAAAGAACAAGGCGUUGCUAAAAUUAAAUCUUUAUCGGAAGAAGUGAGCGACUCUUUAACCCCAACUCCAGAUGGUGCGAUCGAUGAAUCCAAAAUUAUUGCUUACCAAGUGGCAAUUGAUGAUUUAUUAAGAGCUGGACGAUCUGAUGUAUCAGCUAAUGUCCUCGUUGCUAUGAAAUCAAUCGUUAUUGCCUGUAAAGGUAUUACCGAAGAAGUUGACACAUAUGAACAACGUAAAGGCUCAUCAUUGAAAGCAGAAGAUAAAGAAAAAUUAAAUACUAUAAAAACCAAGUUUUCUUCCACGCUCACAAAUCUUAUGAGCGCAGCAAAAAAUCACGCAACUGGAUAUGGUAUAUCACCUGUUAGUUUAUUGGAUGCAGCAGCAAGUCAUUUGACAGCUUCAGUUGUAGAUAUGGUUAAGCAUGUUAAGCUUCGGCGAACUAGGGGACAAGAUACUGAUAGGAUUAGUUCGGAGCAUCCUCCUUUACCAUCACGUGAAAGUACGUCUAAUGAGUCACAGAGAGCCAUGGGUAGCCAGGAUGAUUUGAAUUCGUCAAUCACGGGUCCUAAAUCUGAUUUAAAACUUGAAAAACCAAAUGGACAUGCUAUUGGAAUAGAUGAAUUAAGAGAUUUCCUUGAACGUCAAACUGAAUCUAUAGUUCAAGCAAUUCAGACUCUUUUAACUGCCAUCAGAAAUGGAUCAUUUGGCAAAGAACUCACUGACAAUAUUAACACUAUCACUACUAUUGUUCUUAAUGUGAUUGCAGUGUGCCGCGACUCUUUUAGAUCAACUAAUGUUCCUCAAAGUGUACGUGGUGAUGUUAUACUAAAAGAAUUAGAAGAUAGCAUUGAUAAAUUAGAUGAAAUGCGAGAAUCAAUAACAAAUAAUAGAGAGGACUUUCUUAAUAACCGUGCAUCAAAACAACGAUUGGCUAGUGCCUCGUUUGAGAUUGCCAAAUUUACAAAAGAAUUAGUAGGGUUAUUCGAAUA